AAGCGGAGGCUUUCCACUUUCAACUUUCAAGUCUCUCAACGGGAACUCUCUUGUUUUUAAUGAGGGACGCCAUAGCCAUCUUAGCUUCCUGCUCUGUUACUCUCCCUGCGACUCAUGCUCCGGCUCCUCCCUCCCACCACCGCCGCCGCCGAUGCCGCCCGUCUCCUCGCACUAACCAAUCGCUUAAUUCCACUGCUCCUUCACUUCACUCCACGGUACGAUGGGAUUAUGCUUCCACUUCCCGCAAUCGCAAUCGCAAACGCCUCGAGUAUUACACCGACCUAACCUCCAACCUCGCCCGAGAUGGAAGAUUCCGAGACUUGUUCAUGAUUGCCGAAAGCUUCGUAGUUUCAGGCGGGAAGCCUUCUCAAUUUGUGGCCUUGCUCGAUGUCAAUAUUGUUUCUGCUGGGAUUUCUAGAAUGAUUAAGGAUGGAAGGCUCGGGAGCUUGAUUGAGGUGUUAGGUGGUCUGAGGAAGCUAGGAUUCGCUGUGGUUGAGCUCUUUGACGGACUCGCAGUUGAGGCACUUCGGCAGGUGUGUCGUCGUCAGCUAGGGAAACGUGAUGACGUGGAGGAGAUUGUGAGCUUGUUGGAAACACUUCAAGGGCUUGGUUUUUCUACUAAAGAAUUCGUUGCGCCCUCCGAAAUCAUAAGGCUUUGCGUUUACAGAAGAACCCCAAGUGCUGCUAUAAGGUAUGCACAAAUUUUUCCGCAGGUACAUACGCUUUUGUGUACCAUAAUGAUUGAAUUUGGGAAGAAAAGGGACUUGUUAUCUGCACUCAGUGUUUUUGAAGUCUCCAAGCAGAAUCAAGGCUGUCCCAACAUGUAUGCCUACCGAACAAUCAUUGAUGUUUGUGGACUCUGUGGGGAUUAUUUGAAGUCUAGAUCUAUUUAUGAGGAGCUACUUGACUGUAAGUUCAUCCCAAAUAUUUAUGUUUUCAACAGUCUCAUGAACGUUAAUGCCAGUGAUUUCAGCUACAUGUUACAUAUCUAUAAGCAGAUGCAAAAAGUAGGUGUGACAGCUGAUCUGGCAUCAUAUAAUAUCCUUUUGAAGUCUUGCUGUCUUGCUGCAAGAGCUCAUCUGGCCCUAGACAUUUACAGAGAUGUUCAACAUUUGGAAUCAAAAGGGGCUCUAAAAUUGGAUGUGUUUACUUACUGUACAAUGAUCAAGGUCCUUGCAGAUGCUAGAAUGUGGAGAAUGGCACUGGAAAUAAAAGAACAUAUGCUGCUAGCUGGUGUUAUUCCCAACACUGUAACGUGGUCAUCAUUGAUCAGUGCAUGUGCCAAUGCAGGUCUUGCAGAGCAAGCAAUUCAAUUGUUUGAAGAGAUGCUUCAGGCUGGUUGUGAGCCUAAUUCACAGUGUUGCAAUGCUCUUCUUCAUGCUUGUGUUGAAGCUCACCAAUAUGAUAGAGCCUUUCGACUCUUCAAGUCCUGGAAGGAAAACGGUAUUAAGAUGUCUGUAAGAAAAGAUUUUCAUUGGAUGAACAAAAUAAAUGAUUAUGCUUGCAGCAAGCAUGAAAAUUCCAGUACAAUAACAUGUAGAACCUCUGACUCAGAGCAUCCAUCCUUUCCGAUAAGGUUUUCAUUUGCACCCACAACUUCAACAUAUAAUAUUUUGAUGAAGGCCUGUGGCACUGAUUACUACCAUGCCAAAGCAUUGAUGGAUGAGAUGAAGAUGGAAGGUCUUUCUCCGAAUAACAUAACAUGGUCCAUUUUGAUUGAUAUUUGUGGAGGCUCAGGAAAUGUACAUGGUGCUUUGCAGGUACCAUAGUCUACUUCGUUCUUAAUGAAUAGUAAUUACCAUGACUUCCUGCCCUCUCAACUAGUAUGUUCUUGU